AUGAAAAAAUCUUCAACUAUACACAUACUAUUAUGUGGAUUAAGGGGCUCAGGCAAGACUUUAUUGCUAUAUAAAACUCUCAUUCCAAAAUGGGAAAGUACCAAUUCUGAAAUAUUACCUACACCUUUAUAUCAUUAUGAAGAGUUUAAGCACAACGGGAAAACUCUUGGAUUAUGGGAUUUUAGUGGAGACCCUGUUGUGAGGAAUAUUUCAAAUUAUGUGAGCAGGCAGGUGGAAGUCAGAGGUGUAGUUUUCGUUGUCAAUAUCUUGGACAUGAAUGAAACUAAGAAUACAGAAGUCAUAAAUUGGUUAUGUUCUUUGGAAUCUGAGAGUUCAUUAUCUUAUUCACGAUUUGUUGUUUUGUUCAAUGGUACAAAUGAUUUAUUCAGAGGAGAAAACUAUGAAAAUUUUAUGCAAAAAUUGGAGCCUAUAAAGUCAAGAUUAGGAUCAAGAAUAAUGUGUAAAAAUGUCAACACGAUUAAAGGGUUAGAUGAUCCCGGUUGGCCAAUAGUUCUAGAUUUCAUAAUUUCACAACCUUCUAAUUCAAAUAAAAAAUCGAAUAAAUCUAGAGAAUGA